CAGCUAUUUAAUGCAACUCUGCCAGUGAGUUCUUGACAGUUCUGUCUUAACGAUUCUGAUAUUAAUGAAACAUCUUCGUGAAGGGUUGAAGUGUCUUCCUGAAUUGUCAAUAUAUAUAUAUUAAUGAAGCAUGCAGUCCUGUGUUGAACAAGACAAGCUGGGACAAGCCUUUGAAGAUGCUUUUGAGGUACUGAGGCAACAUUCAACCGGAGAUCUUCAGUACUCCCCAGUUUCUGUUUUUAAAUUAGAUUACAAAAAUUACCUGGCUUUCAUCAACCACUGCUCUCAUGUCAGAGGAAAUUCUAACUGCUAUGGUGUGCUGCCUACAGAGGAACCUGUCUAUAAUUGGAGAACAGUAAUAAACAGUGCUGCAGACCUCUAUUUUGAAGGAAAUAUUCAUCAGUCUCUGCCAAACAUCCCCGAAAACCAGCUGGUACAACCUGCUGUUCUCCAUCAAAAGGGAGGAAAAGGCAGGAAGAAGCUCCGACUAUUCGAAUACCUUCAUGAAUCCCUGUGCAAUCCUGAGAUGGCAUCUUGUAUUCAGUGGGUAGAUAAAACCAAAGGCAUCUUUCAGUUUGUGUCAAAAAACAAAGAAAAACUUGCCCAACUUUGGGGGAAAAGAAAAGGCAACCGGAAGACCAUGACUUACCAGAAAAUGGCCAGAGCACUGAGGAAUUAUGGAAGAACUGGGGAAAUCACCAAAAUCCGGAGAAAGCUAACUUACCAGUUCAGUGAGGCCAUUCUCCAAAGACUCUCUCCAUCUUAUUUCUUAGAAAAAGAGAUCUUCUACUCACCGUAUGUUCAACCUGAGCAAGGCUUUCUCAGCUUCAGUAACUGGAAUGCAAAUUAUAAUUGCACAUAUGCCAAUUACCAUGAGAUAAGCCACUCUGAUUGCUAAAUAUUCUCUUACAUUUCCUGAUUUCCUGGCAUCAGAAAUCAGGACCAAUUUCAGGAUUUUUCUCUUAAAUUCUGGAGAAGGCAAAACAAUUAAUUUCAUUGUUUCUAUCUUUUAUUAAAUAGAUUGUAAUCUAUACAGAUGGUGAAAAAAUCUGCCAGUGAAAAACUUUUAAAUGUUCGAGACCCAAUUUGAAAGUAUAGAAUAAUGUCCUAGCUCUUACUAUUGUUUAUGCAACACUUCUAGAUCAACAAUGCUAGUAAAGAUGAUGACCUAUAUCAAUUUAAACAUUGUUUUCCUGUCACACACUUAGGCAAAACAAAACAAAACAAAUCACUCUAAUAUAUCUGAUGGCUUAUUGACAACAAAAUAAUUGCAUAUGAUAGUCUUAGUGCUAUAAUACAUUCAUGGCUUUAAAAACUGUAUUUUCUCUGCACUUCUGACCUCAUGGUCUGUAACUGUAUGGCAUUAAAGAAAUGAUCUAAGGAAAGUGCCACCUACCUUAAUAGAACUCCAAAGCUUACACUACCCACCAAUCAUUUCCUGGCAUUUCUCCCCUAGGGUAGAUCCUGGAGUUAACAUUUCUUGCUAUCCUGCCACUGAGCCACAAGAAGGUGCUCUUGCCUUGUUAUUUCUCGCCCAACUUCAGAACAGGACCUCCUUUUGCCUUGAACUAGCCCAGCUUAAGACCAGGCUGAAACAAUUGGAGAAAAAGAAAAAAAAAAUUUUUUUUUUUUAUAAAGGAUAGAGACUAGCAAAUAAAUCCGGAGAGGAACCAGAACUUGAAAGCAAUGGUUUAUUCUCAAUAUUCCAUCAGGAAUGAACAAAGAAACUCUGUUUCUUACUUCCUGCUUGGCAGGUUCAUACAUAUUCCAUCAGUAUUACCGUGACACAGGAGAGUUUAACUACAUGGGCCAUCUUCAGUUCAGGCCAAGAGUUCCUGGAGCCUACCCUAUUUGAUUUGCAUCAUUUCCCUUUUUCUUUGUGUCCUCCUGAUCUCUUUCCCCCUCAGAGAUUCUUAAAAAUAUGGCAGACUAAAUGAAGGCAAUGUUAUUGGCCAUCUGCACAUGUAGUCUGGGCUUCUGGUAUAGACUGAACUUUUGUGCCCUCGUAUUUGGAGGCGAGAUCUUUGGAAGGUAGUUAGGUCAUUGGAUGGAGCUCUCACAAAUGGGCUUAGUGCCUUGUAGAAAGAGGCCCAGAGCUUCCUCACCCCUUUUGCCUUUUGAGAACACAAGACGGCCUCCUAUGAACUAGGAAGCAGGCUCUUACCAGACACUGAAUGUGCUGGCACCUUGAUCUUGGACUUCCCAGCUUCCUGAACUGUGAGAAAUAAAUUUCUGUUUAUAAGAUA